AAACCGAUCUCGAGCGAUGUAUGUUGAAUGUGUGCUUGUCCAAGUUGGUGAAAGCGCGACGUCGCAUACAUGGGGUGUUGCUUGGCCAGCGGCUGAUUAGCAUACGUCAUCGCCUAUCGGAGACCAAUGCGCGCCUCAGGUCUCACAAUUCUAGAAUCCCAACGCUUGCGACGGAGCCCACACAACUCCAGACUUGACACGCCCGACUGCAAGCUAUUGCUGUAAUUCUAGGUCCACACCAUCGGGACACUAGACAUCACUCAUCUGUCCCUGCGCACGCGGCUUGCCACAAGCACAGCCCCCCUUUCGACUCUUUUAUCGCCCGCGGCCUCGUUGAUGGGCGCGCGCCGCUUAGGGUGAUCCGACCAACGUCCCCAUCAACAGUCAACAUGACGGUAUCAGUCGACAACCCACCACCACAGUCCAAGACCAGCCGGCCACGAUGGAUGCUCCACGUCCAGGCGCAGUUCUGGCGCGUCCUUAUGGGCAUCGGUAUGAUGCUGCAUCGUCUCGCCCGACCACGACCACCCAAGCCUGCCUUCCAUAGAGACAUCGAUGCUACCGUCUCGCCCUUGAAAGGCAAAUUUCGCCUCAAUUUCUACGUGCCCAAGGAAUACAAGAAGCAUAAGAAGCUGAAGGGUACUAAGAGAUACCCUGUUGUUAUCAACUUCCACGGAGGCGGUUUCGUUCUGGGCACCGCGCACGACGAUGCGCGCUGGUGUGGAGUUGUCGUCGACGAGGUCGGAGCCGUCGUCGUCAGCGUCGAUUAUCGUCUUGCGCCAGAGAACCCGUUCCCUACAGCCGUCGAGGAUGGUGCCGACGCGGUGCUCUGGCUGGCACAACAUGCCGACGAAUUGAUGCUCGAUGCCGAUCGCUUCGCUAUAUCGGGCUUCUCCUCGGGAGGAAACAUGAGCUUUACCGUUCCCCUGUGUCUGCAGGGCGAGCUCUUCGAUCGAACUACGUCUGGCGCCAAGAUCAUCGAUAACCGCGCUGGUAACGUUCCCAAUGCUGGCCUCCAGCCUCCUCCCGCCUUCGGCCAGAACCUCACACCCAACGGCUCUCGUGUCCCGCUCGUGCGCCAGAAGUCUCGCCUCGAUCGUAUUGCUAUGCUCCGCCAGACAGGUGCGUCCUCGCUAUCACUCGUAUCCUCCUAUAAAGACACUUCGGGAGUGUCAGUCAUGACAGAAGCGUCCAACACUGUUCUCAAGAUAAGAGGCAUAGUAUCCUUCUAUCCACCUACCGAUUACACACAAACGCGCGCGCAGCGUCGAGAGACCUGCUCAAGGGUUGACCAGAACCUUCCCGCUGUCUUUACCGAUCUCUUCGAUGAUUCAUACCUCCAGCCACCCUCGCUCGAUCUUGCACACCCAUGGCUCAGCCCCGGCAUGGCGCCAAAGCACAUGCUCGAGGCCCUUCCUGACGACAUCGUCCUCUUCUGCUGUGAAUGGGACAUGCUUCUCGCUGAAGGUGAACGAUUCCGUGACCGUCUACAAAAGGAUCUUGGAAAGCGCGUACAUUAUCACUGUGUGCCUGGUGUGCCGCAUGGCUGGGACAAGGCCCCUAACCCUCUCAGGGAGAGCCCCGGUGCUCGACAGCAAUAUAUGGUAGCGUGCAAGGAGCUGAAGCGUAUGUUUGACAUUGAGGACGAUGAGGAAGACUCACAUCAGAACUUGCCAUGUAAGAAAUAUCAUAAGAGCGUGGACUUGGGCAGGGCGGGUCAGCAGGCGCAGGCUUGAGUGUAAGCUGUGACGUAUGGUAUUUAGUUUUUUGGUUAUGAAUUUUCAAAUCUCACAUCAGCGGCGUUUGAUAGGUUUUUGACAGUGAGCGAAUUUAGCAUCUGUAUAGAUGCAUGUCUUUUUUUAUAAACACGUCUUUGGUGCAGGGUUUGUUUCAAGUCUCUGGGUGCAGUAUGACGUUGCUCCGUGAGAUGUUUGGGACGCUUCACGUGUG